GAAAGGUUCCUCCCGGAACCAAACAUUGAGGGGAAGAUGGGACUUUUUCUAAUGUGACACAUAAGAGUGCAGAUUUUUUAUUUUUAUUUAUUUAUGUUCGAGGUUUUUGUAUUUGCUAUGUUAAACAUUUUAAACGGUUUUUCGUAGGACGGGUUAGCACGCGGCUAACUUUCCGUUUGAAAAUGAUUUAUCAGUUUCCCUGGAUCCAUACUCCGGUGCGGACCGCCUUGGCAAUCUGGAACCAGCUAACUAAAACUGAUAUCCUAGAGCUGACUAAGAGCUCUGUGAUGAUGAGGGAGCGCAGCAGAGUGGAGGACACCAUUCACUCCAUGCAGAAAGCAGGAGCCAGAAGCCUGCAGGUUAUCUCAGACUUUGAUAUGACGCUCACCAGAUUUGCUUACCAAGGAAAGAGGGUCCCCACCACGCACAACAUCCUUAAUAACAGGUUGUUGAUAAAUGAAGACUCCACAAAAAAGAUGAAGGAGUUGUUAAAUAGAUAUUAUCCCAUAGAAAUUGAUGCAAACCUCAGUCCUGAGGAGAAGCUGGCCUAUAUGGUGGAAUGUUGGACUAAAGUCCAUGAGCUGCUGAUUCAGCAGAGGAUUAGGAAAGACAUGCUGGCCCACGCUGUCAGGGAAUCCAGUGCCAUGCUCAGGGAAGGCUACCGGGUGUUUUUUGACUGUCUGGCUGAGCACCGGGUGCCUCUGUUGAUCUUCUCUGCGGGAGUCGGCGACGUCCUGGAGGAGGUGAUCCGACAGAACGACGUCUUCCAUCCAAACGUCCACAUCAUCUCCAACUACAUGGACUUUAACCAUGCUGGGAUCCUCCAAGCCUUCAAAGGCCAACUGAUCCACUCCUACAACAAAAGGGAAGGAGCUUUGUCCCACGCCACCGCGCUCAGAGAGCUGCACGGUCGACCCAACGUGCUGCUGCUGGGAGACUCUCUGGGAGACCUGAGCAUGGCUGACGGUGUCUCUGAGGCCCAGAACAUCCUGACGGUGGGCUUCCUCAAUGAUCAGGUGGAGGACAGACAGGAGUCAUACAUGAACUCGUUUGACAUUGUGCUUGUGAAGGAUGAGACGAUGGACGUCCCCAAUGCCAUCCUGAGAUACAUCAUCUCAGAGACUAGAAAGGUGCACAGGAAAAAGGUGGACACUACUUGAAAAUAUAAAUAUAUUGCCCAUGUUUUAUUUACAUUGUGACCUCAAUCCAGACCUCAGGAGUCACCUCAUUUUAUUUUGCCCUCUGUUUUCAUUUUGCGUAAGCACCACAGGUGUUCUACUUUAAAUGUAAACAAAUGAAGAAGGUGUGUUAUCUUGUGUGAGAUCCUAUUGUUUUCACAUCAAUGUGCUCCUUUUGGAUUAGUUCCUUUCAUGUCUGAACCGGGAUGCUAAUAUGUUGUAAAUCUCUCAAACUUUGAACCCAGAAUUAUAUUAACCUUUUUUUUUUCUUUGCCUAUUCUUGGUAAAUGUAGGUACUUGAUGUGUGUGUAUAUAUAAAAUAUAUAUAUAUAUAUAUAUAUAUAUAUAUGGUUAGUGUACAGAGGCUAUAAAUAAGGCUAAAGCAAUGUUGCAAUAAGCAUUAAGCUCUUUUUAAGGCACAGAAAUUGUAAAUGAUUAACUGUGGUGUUUAAUGACUUAUACCAUCAUAAGAUGGCAUUUUACUUAAGAAUGGAAUUCUUAAGUUGCACAAAUGAAUGCAGUGUUCUAGUCUGUAGUAAUUUUUUAGUACUAAGAAAACUUGAAGUUAUAUUCAGCUUUUCUUAACCUCUAAUUUAAGACUGAAGAGAAAUCAAAUAUUUUCUGUAAUAGUAGAAAAUACCAGCAGCAGCACUAUAAAUCACAGCACAUUUUUUCAACAGGGGGACAACAGUAUGUCAUGUUUCUCUUUUGAAAAUGUAAACAAAAUAAAAUGUUUUUUUUUUUUUCAAAGGUUUAUUAAAACAUUCAGGGACACAAAAAAGGUGCUUGUUUUAUUUUUAACACAAAAAAAUCCUCCAGAAAAGAUUGUUUUGCACAGUUUUUUUUCUCAAAUACUGUAAAUAAACGGUGAGGCUGGGUACGAGCUGUAGCUUGUUUUUAUCGUUUGUCCCUGAGAGGAAAUAAAAGCCUUUUUUCCCUCCUCACAA